UGUGUUAGUUGGUGAAGGAGCAUGCAAAUGGGCACAGGAUAAUGGAGUCGAGCUGAUCGACAACAAACAACUGAAAACAGACUCCUCAUUGAAAACUUAUGCUUCCCACAAAAGGAAACUAGAGCAACAUGAGGAAAGAAUGAGGAGGAAGAGAGCAAAAUGGCUGACUGUACCUUCUUCCAAGGCCUGUAAUGAGGAAGAUACACCUCUUCCUUGCAUCAGUGAAGAUGUUCAGGAUACUGUAGGAGCUGUUGCCAUGGAUUCUGAAGGAAACAUGUCUGCUGCUGUGUCUAGUGGGGGUAUCUCGCUGAAACACUCCGGUAGACUUGGCCCUGCUGCCAUGUACGGUGCAGGAUGCUGGGCGCACAACUGGAAAUCUGACAAAAAGGCAGGGGUGGCCGUUGCAACAUCAGGAAGUGGAGAACACCUGAUGCGAACCCUGUUUGCCCAGAAGUGUGCCGAGUGUGUACAGACACAGGACAGUGGAAGUCUGGGG